AUGUCCAACGCGCUCAGCCUAACAGGCCUCGAAAUGCUCUCCCCAGAAGAAAAAUCACGCCGCAUAGCAGCAGUAGCCAACGACAUCGCCGCCUCCAUCAUCUACAUCGCCAAGCAAGCAGCGGUGGGAAACGUCAGCACAGAACAGAUCACGCCCAUCUACAAUCUAAUAGACAAGGUGAAUAUGGUCGGGAGGCGGCAUAUAAAGCGGCUGGAGAGGGAGCUGGAGGAACAGGAUCAGCAAAUUGAGGAGAUGAGGGGUAUGUUGGGCGAACGGGUUGUUAAGCAGAUUGAGGAGAUUGAGGGGAGGCAUCUAGAGGAGAUGCGCAGGGUGACGGAGGGUGCGGACUCGGUGGUCAGAGAGCUGAGGGCGAGUGUGGAGAGACUUGAGAGCAAGCUCAGGGAGUUGGAGGGUGAUGGGCUGGGGAUGUUGUAG